AAUCCAUUCCCAUCGCCUUCUCCGUGUGUGUGUUUGUCAGUGUUCGGCAGGAGGCCCUCCUUUGCAUUGUAUUCCCCUGGAAUGCGACCUGCUGCCCCUGGUACUACUCCAAAUGGUGCAUCUUCUGAUAUCAGACAUCAACGUGGAGUUGCUCCGAUCCCAUUUGGCUCUACUAAUUCAGCGAUAGAUGCCCAUCACAAUUCAGAAAUCCGCGUGGGGCGUCAUCGUGCAAAACUCGACGAAAUUCGCGAAUCGCUGAAAGCUUACGAACAUGAAGCCGGUUUAUUAUCAAGUCACGUGGCUCUUGGAUCACUUGCAACACCGUCAAGUUCUUCCGUCAGCCAUUCUGACAUCACCAAUGACAAUGCGGAAGUGAUGAAUUUUUCGUCUUCUUCUUCAAAUGCAGCAGCGACGACGACGACAGUCUCGAGCGCUGCUGUAUCAAAUUCGAAUUCUUUUAGAACAGAAGGUGGUGGUCACAAGAUGCGGAUAACACCAAUGCCACAAAGACAUUUAAUGAUGGAUACUGGUGCCAAUGAGACAGUAUUUCGAAGUGGAAAAGAGAUGAUUCGAAAUGGAAAUCCAUCAACAACUAUAUCAUCAACACCUUCUACAACAACUGAAGAGUCGAUUAGGAUACAUCCUGCUGGAUAUCGAUAUGAUAUGCCAACUCCUGCAUAUCAUAUGAAUAACAAUGCACCACAAUACUCACCAGGAUAUUCUCGACCACCUCCACCAGCCUACGAUUCAUCUCCGGUGAACACUAGAAUGACUCCAGUUGCAACAGACAACUACCGUACUCACCUGCAUAUGAAAGUUCAUCCUGUUGUAAAAGCGCCACCACCGAAUCCAACAAUGCUCAAUCACAACAAGAAUAUGGCACCCCCACCGCCUCCUCCAGCAAAAUCUACGAUUUCCAUCGAGACAAUGAGUGAAGAACGAAAAGCAGAUAAUAUCCAGAGACUUUAUCAUACAUCAAUGGACAAAAAAACAGCUAGUAGUGUUGUUAGUAUCAAUGUUGCUUCUCCUCAUACGACAAAAGUAAAUGUUGGUGAUAGUCCUCUUCCAAGCAAAUCAUUCAUUAUUGGUCCACGGUAUACAGCUGAUGUCGAUAGGAAGAAUUUUGUCAACUAUAAAGAUGAGCUGCGUCCCGACCCUCGCCUGAUUCCAUCCACUUCCGAUGCAAAUCAUGAAGAUUUCCGGCCGAUCCUUUUCAAACCAAGAAAUCUCGAAAUCACAAUGAAAUCACGUGCUCAACCUCCUCCUCCUCAAUACAAUCAACCCAGUGAGCCACCUCCGAAACGAGUCAGCUCCCCAAUUGAUCGAACACUUUUGGAACCAUACAUCAAGAAUACACGAAGAGUUCAACCAUGUAAACCAAAUAUGCUUCGAUUUUAUAUGGAACAACAUGUUGAACGACUUCUACAGCAAUAUAAAGAACGAGAAAAACGAAUGAAACAGUUGGAAAAGGAGAUGGUUUCAGCUCAAUUACCGGAUAUUAUGAGGAAUAAAAUGCUGGGAUUACUUCAACAAAAAGAGUCAAAAUAUACGAGAUUAAGAAGACAAAAGAUGAGUAAAAGCCAUUUCACUGUCAUCUCACAUAUUGGUGUUGGAGCAUUUGGAAAAGUUUCAUUGGUUCGAAAAAAUGAUACUCGGAAGGUUUAUGCAAUGAAAAGUUUGGAAAAAGCGGAUGUCAUAAUGAAACAACAGGCCGCCCAUGUGAAAGCCGAACGCGAUAUUCUGGCAGAAGCUGAUUCUCCUUGGAUUGUUCGUCUUUUCUUCUCAUUUCAAGAUGAUGCUUGUCUAUACUUCAUAAUGGAAUAUGUUCCCGGAGGAGAUAUGAUGACUUUAUUGAUUCAAAAAGGAAUAUUUGAAGAAGAUCUCGCUAGAUUCUACAUUGCUGAACUGGCAUGUGCAAUUGAAUAUGUUCAUAAUGUUGGAUUUAUUCAUAGAGAUUUGAAACCGGAUAAUAUUCUAAUUGAUCAACAUGGACAUAUUAAGUUGACUGAUUUUGGAUUGUGCACUGGUUUGAGGUGGACUCAUGACAGAAGAUACUAUGGACCUGAAAACGACCAUCAUCGUGUCGAUUCAUUCUCGCUUCCUCCUGAAGUUGCAGCUAUUGAUAAAAGCGUUAAAGUUCUAAAUGUUCGACAACAAACCCGCCGGAUAACCGCCCAUUCUCUUGUUGGAACAGGAAAUUACAUGGCACCCGAAGUAAUUGCCAAAACCGGGCACAAUCAGAGUUGUGAUUGGUGGUCGACUGGAGUGAUUUUGUAUGAGAUGGUAUUUGGAAGAGUGCCAUUUCAUGAUGAUACACCUGGUGGAACACAACAUCGAAUUAAGAAUUGGAGAAACUUCCUUGAUUUUACAUAUUGUGGAAAUCUAUCAAAAGAGUGCCUUAUGAUGAUUCAACAACUAAUUUGUGACGCGUCGUCAAGAUUGGGAUCUCACGGGAAGGAUGUUGCCGAACGAACGGCACAAGUCAAAAAUCAUCCAUGGUUCAGGGGAAUUGACUGGGUUAACUUGAGAAAACUGAGAGCUGAUUAUAUUUAUAUUCCUCGGGUCACUCACGAUGAAGACACUUCUAAUUUUGAAACGUUUCAAGACAAUGACCGUGCUGACAAGCCGAAUGUGCGAGGUCUUCAUAAUCCAGCCUUCUAUGAAUUCACUUAUCGUCAUUUCUUUGAUACGGAUUCUGUUGGUUGCCCAUCACUUCGACCAUCUCGUCGUCGGUCACUUCGGCCAUUACUUGAAAACGGAACUUUUAAUGAGUCAGUGUCGGAAGAAGAUUCAUCGUCUCAUAUUUAAAAGAGCAUGAAUUUGUUUAUUGAUUAUAUUAUAUAUGAUUUUAAUGUGAUGUUUUAGUAUCAUUUUUUACUCAUUUUGCUUCUAUUUUUAUCUUUAAUUUUCCAAAUUACCCUCUUUACUAAUUCUGUGAUGAUCUCGAUACGGUUUUCAGAAUUCGAGAUAUUUUUAAUAUCUCUUUUCUUUUCUCUUUUUCUCUCAUGUCGCCACACUAUUUCGUUCGUUUUUUUUUUGCUCAAAUGAAUUUUUAUUCAAUGAAAUUUUUAGAAAUU